AGUUGUAAUUACAAGAUAAGGCCUCUCUUUUUUUUUCCUGCGGUGAAUGCAAACACACUUCUGUAGACAUUCAAGUUUUCAAAUGAUUAUCAUCAUAAUUUUCACAAACUUUAUUAUAAUUAUGAGAUGCUAAGUCAUAAAUCUAAUAAUCAUGAAAAAGUUUCUCAUAAUUAUGAGAAAGGUUCUUAUGAUUAUGAGAUAAUGUGUGAUAAUUAUGAGGGGAAAAAAACUAAAAAACUAAGAAGGUGGAUUUAACUUAGAAGUGGCAUUAAUGGGCUUCCAUAUAUCUCCAUUAAUUAACAUUACUGCACGUAUAGAGCUGAAAGGUGUUUUUGUUGCUGCUGGAGUGGGAAUGACCUUUCUGUUUAUCUUUACAUUCUACUCCGUUCUGGAAAAAAAAUGUAUUUUUUUUCUUUGUACUGUUUGACUUGAUCUCUGUUGGGUGUUUAGUAUAGCUCAGAUUAUACAGUUGGGUGCCUGAGAACCACUUAUCUUGGCAGGCCUGGGACGAGGACACACACACACAGACAGAGGCUCAGACAAACACACGUACUCAAACACACAAACACACUGAUGAGCAUGGCUGGCAGGUAGAGCCUUAUCUCAACUCCACAGCGGCUUGCCUCUCUCGGGGCUCAGUCGGCAGCUUAUCAGGAUGGAAGCAGCCAAAAGUCACUCCCAAAAAAUUCACUUUCUGUGCUUUUAUGUCCAAUCAAAGCUGUUUGACACUUCGAGCAUUUUCCAAAUAUUUUGAGUGUAUGGCUGAAAUAUAUUUACUACCAUACGACUUGUGAUUGUUGACAGAAUUGUCUACAAAAGCAGUGUAUAUAUGUGUGAGGAGAUGCUUCUGUCAGCAAGUGUCUACCCCGUUGAGGUGUCCUUGAGCAAGACACUCUCCCUCCCAGCUCUGUGGGAAUGGGAGACCAAUAACAUACCACCAUUAUCUGUAAUGCUUUAUUAUAUGGGUCUGCAGAUUCAGAAUUAUCUCUCUGGGGAAAACAACGUAAAUUAAACAGUGUUCAACUGGUAAACCUCCAAUUAAUUGCUAAAGAGUAUUUUAGUCAAACCAUUGCAGGACAACUGAAUGCAAAACUAUGAAAUGUGUUUACAGUUAAGCCCACAAUGAAUAAAUAGUGGAUGCAUACUGUAUUUGCUUUUUUCCCCUUAAUUAGAAACAAAUUAUUUUUCUUAGGAAAUGUCUGAAGGAUUAUUAAGAAAACAUUCAGAAAUUACAGGCCUGUAAAAUAACAUUUAUUGGAAGGAAUGUCACUUGGCUGUAGAGUUGAAAUGGUAGAAAGAAUAUUGAAAUUGAUGUUUGAUUAAUCUGCUUUUUUUCAACAUUUUCCAGCUCCAGCAUCACCAGUUUGAGGAUUUGCUGCUUUUCUUAGUUUUAUAUUCUGUAAAUUUGAAUAGCUCUGGGGUUUUGGACUGACAGUUUAGACAAAAUAAGGGCAUUUUUUGUCACUAUUUUCUUUUUGUCAUAGUAAUGUCUAGUCCAGUUUAUUUUGCCCUUUCUGCCUCAGUCGUUGCCAUUUUCCACCUGUCCACUAGAUCCCCCCGGACUUUCUAAACUGAUUCCUGCACCCUUCUGCUCACUUGUUCCUCUUUCCCUAAUCAACUCUGCCUUCUCACCUGUCUCUCAUUCUGCCUAAUCACCCAGCCUGUAUAAUGUACCUGCCCACUAACCAUUGUCCUCUGAAAUUCAUCAACGUUACUUCAUGCCUUUGUGUUCUAGCCACCAAAUCCUGUAUUCUGCAUCCUAAACCUGUUUACCUGCUCUUGUCCUGUGUCCUGUCACCCUGUACCUGAUUUUUCUGCUGGAUAUGUGCUAGAUAUGUUUUUGACCUGCCUGUCUGCCUUGUCCUCUGGACUUGUUUUGCCUGUUUGGACUGCCUUUUCGUUGCCAACCUGGGACCAGCUGGAAUCCCCUCCAGGAUCCUCGAGCUUCCCUGAAACCUGGUUUGGAAACCACUGGACGUCCAACAGCAGCGCAACACUGUCCUCAUGUGUGUCGAUGGAGCCGUGUGUGUGUCCUGAGGAGUGUAUGUUCACCGCUCUGUCCCAUGCCGACGUCACCUUCCGCAAGAUGGAGGGCUACUUGAGGACCCGGCAGCUGUGUGAUGUCACACUGGUGGCUGGAGAAAGGCGGAUACCUGCGCACAGACUGGUUCUCUCAUCCGUGUCAGACUACUUUGCGGCCAUGUUCACCAGUGAUGUGCGGGAGGCCAAGCAGGACGAGGUGAAGAUGGAGGGAGUUGACCCGGACGCGUUGUGGGUCCUGGUGCAGUAUGCUUACACAGGCCGUCUCGAGUUGAGGGAGGACACUAUUGAGUCUCUCCUGUCGGCCUCUUGUCUGCUGCAGUUGUCGUCUGUAGUUCAGGCCUGCUGUUCCUUCCUCAUGAAGCAGCUCCACCCCUCCAACUGUCUCGGCAUCCGCUCCUACGCCGACGCUCAGGGCUGCCAUGACCUGCAGACGGCCGCUCACGCCUACACCAUGGAACACUUCCUGGAGGUGGUAGGAGGCCAGGAGUUCCUGCUGCUCCCAGUGGAGGAGAUGGAGAGACUUCUCACUUCUGAUGACAUUAACGUGCCCGACGAGGAAACCGUGGUAACCUCUUUGCUAACUUGGGUCCGUCAUGACGCCAGCACCCGGCAACGCCACCUUCCCUUGCUGCUGGGUCACAUCCGACUGCCACUGCUACAGCCGCAGUUCUUGGCAGAUCUGGAGACCAACGCUCUUCUCCGGGACAGUGUGGAGUGUCAGCGGCUGCUGAUGGAGGGGAUGAAAUAUCACCUCUUGCCCCAGCGCCGGCCCCUGCUUCAGAGCCCGCGCACCCGGCCACGCAAGGCCACCGUAGGGGCAAUGUUUGCUGUGGGCGGCAUGGACGCCACGAAAGGUGCCACCAGUAUCGAGCAGUACUGUCUGCGUCAGGACACAUGGAGGCAGGUGGCCACCAUGAGCGGACGGAGACUCCAGUUUGGCGUAGCCGUCCUCGACAGCCGUCUCUAUGUGGUGGGAGGCCGAGAUGGACUCAAGACCCUCAACACUGUGGAGUGUUACAACCCACACAGCAAGACUUGGAGCGUCAUGCCACCCAUGUCCACACACAGGCAUGGCUUAGUAAAGUCAAAGGUCAGUUUCCGCUGCAGAACAGCAUCUCUGCAGUGUGGCUGUCCUAGAGGGGCCUAUGUACGCAGUAGGAGGACACGAUGGCUGGAGCUACCUCAGCACAGUAGAAAGGUGGGACCCUCAAGCUCGUCAGUGGAGCUUUGUUGCAAGUAUGGCAACACCCAGAAGCACUGUGGGAGUAGCUGUACUCAAUGGUUGUAUGCAGUCGGAGGUCGUGACGGCUCAUCCUGCCUGCGUUCAGUGGAGUGUUUCGACCCUCACACCAACAGGUGGAGCGCUUGUGCUCCGAUGGCUAAACGACGCGGGGGUGUGGGUGUGGCCACGUGGCACGGCUUCCUGUACGCCAUCGGAGGUCAUGAUGCUCCGGCCUCAUCUCUGGCUUCUCGGCUAAGUGACUGUGUGGAGAGGUAUGACCCUCAGACAGAUGUUUGGACAGCAGUAGCCCCCAUGAGUAUUAGCAGAGAUGCCGUUGGUGUUUGUCUCCUUGGUGACCGUCUCUAUGCUGUGGGCGGUUAUGACGGGCAGGUGUAUCUCAAUACUGUGGAAGCUUAUGACCCUCAGACAAAUGAGUGGACACAGGUGGCACCUCUGUGUCUGGGCAGAGCAGGAGCCUGUGUGGUGGCCGUCAGACUGUGAAAACACAAACACCGACAUUUUGAUGAGGCUCGGAGACCCUUCUCUUUGUCUCCCGCCUGCCUGCCAGCGUGCGACCAAACACUUGAAACGGAGAGACUGAUUACUGAUCGCACUUCAGGUUUUUACACUUCAGCAAAGUCAAAUUUGACUCUCCUUAAAGACUGCCAGUCAUUCAUUUCAAUGUUUGGGGGGUGAGGUUAGGGAUAAGGUAUCAGGUGUCAAGCAUCUGAUAAGGUUUUUCACAUUUGUACAUCCUGAUAACUUCCGCCAAAGUGAACUGCCACCGACAGCCAUGAUGAAGAAGAAUCUGCAAUGUUUAUUUGAGCAUGACAGAACAGCUGUCUGGCAGAUUUUUUUCUUGCCUUUUAUUUUAUCUCUCUCACACGAACACACACACACACAUAUAAAGCUACAUGACUGCUCUCUGCUUCUAUUUCUGCUGACAGAAAAGGUGAGAGAGACAGAGAGAGAUUGUCAACACUGUUGAGAUGCCUCAUCAUUUUACGCUCUAGUUUUUCUUAACAACAUCUGAUCGUCUGUAUUGAUGCUAUUUUAAUAGCAAUAUAUUCCCCAUUAUUUUAUGCUGCAGUUGGCAAGUCCUAUUCUUUUUCUCUCUUGCCCACUGACAGAUGAAAAAAAGACUUUUGACAUAAUCAGCACAACUUUAUGAACAGCUAUACUGUAAGGAACUGCAAACCUCUUUACUGUUCUCAGUCAAAAGCAUAUCAUCAUGUUUUAUCUGAUUUUUCUUUGUGUAUGUCUUCCACGUUGCAUCAGCCCACAUCUGAAGGAUACAGUGUACAGUGAAACGCGAUUUAUUGUUCAGCUCAUGUUCAGUUUUAGCUUUUUUAAAAAGCUACAAUAGCAAAUUAUUCAACUUUUUCUUUUUUUUUUAACUUUGUGAUUGUACAAUGUUUCACAUGGUAGAGAACUAUUAAGCACUUUUUACUGGGUAGCCUGAGUAAUGACUAUAAUAAUAACAAUAACAACACUGUGGCCCUUUGUUGACCCCUGUUGGGAAAUUUUGUUAACUUUGUUUUCAAUUUCCCUCGGAGCACAAGGUCAGCUAUUUACAGGCUCGGUUUUCUGCAGGGCCAGUUGAGCUUUUCUGUCUGCCGACUACCAUCUUUUUCUCCACUAUAGAUGCAUCUUUUGUGUGUGUGUGUAUGUGUGUGUGUGUUCAUGUGUUUGGGUGUUCAGAAAUUGCAAGGAGUAUAUUUUUAUCUCAAAUGAGAAUCUUCCCCCCUCUUCCCUUCCCCUCUCCACAUCUUCAAUUCCCUGCUGCUUUCUCUUCAUCCCCAUUUUCCCAUUUCAUCACCGCACACACACACACACACAUACACACACACACAGAAAUACAUGCACUACCACGUUUGAGAGCACAAUCGGAUACCCAGACAAAAUGAACAACAGACCAUAUAAUGAGACCAUGAAUUUAAUAACGAUUCAGCCGGUGCCGACGUUUUGUUUGAUGUCGAGUUCAAAGCGUUAUUAGAUUUGAUGCUGCUGCAGACAAAGUAUCAGACAGACAUGAGGGGAAAAUGAAUCCAGUGAAAUAACCUCAUGUGUCCAUAUUUGCCGGCUCGUUUAAGUACACUCACAUGCCAAGAAACCUUGAGAACGCGAAGACGCAGACUGCAGGUUCAACACUGACAUGUGCCACAACCAUUUUACGUUGUAUGCGUAAUUGUGUUUUCCCCCUGGUUGCUUGGAUCUGCUCUUCUGGUCUGGUGUGUGUGCGCGUGUGUACAAAAAGCAAACUCCUGACAGUGAGAGGCAAAGCAGGCAUCCUGUCUGAACUGACAGAUCUAGAGCUAAUGUAGCCCCCAGGAUGCACAUCACAAACACACAUGGACAUACAGCAUACACACACACACACACACACACUUAUAAAACGACACACUUAACCACACAGCUGAAAACCAAGUGCCCCAGGAGCCGGCGAAGAUUGAAAAGCCUCCCAAAUUUGCCGGCAUGACAUGUAAAAAGCAGAGACGGGCAGCCGAGCAAUUCCCCACAGCUGAGCUGAUGUUUAUUCAGGCCUAAUGCACUGCUGCAUUAUUCUAUUUUCUUCCCCUUCAAACCUUCUUGCUGUUUAUUUUGAGCAGAAUUCUCUUUAGAUCAGAGCAAAAAGAAGUGUGUCACCUCCACUAUGUCGACAUAUUCGGAGAGUUUGAUUUCAGUCAGAGAUUAAAAUUAAAAGAAAAAGACACAUUCCAAAUCAAAUUAUAUAUUGGUGUAUAUUAUGUACAUAAAUAAAUAUAAAAUCUGUAUGUAGUUUAAUUGCAUUAUGCUGUAUAUUAUACAAUGCCCACUCAAUACACCAUGUGUUAUUGUCUGUUUGUUUUUGUACCAUGAAUUGAGAUGAAGAAGAGUCGUAAUAAAAGUGACAGUCGGUGAGAAAUGGUGCAGCUGCUCAUCUCCUCUUUUUUUCUACCACAAUGUUACACCUCCUCUUUUACUGUAUAAAUUAUGUAUGUACAAUAUAUGCUGCUGUAAUAUGCUGUUAUUGGUCUUUUAUACAUUAAAGUCAA